AGUUUUUUUGAGGAGGUGGGGUAGUGCACAAUAGGCCCCUGUGGCGCGGCCUAAGCUUUUGUCCUUGAUGGCAUUUUUUCCUUACAUUACUUUUACUUUUAUACUUUAAGUAGUUUUGAAACCAGUACUUUUACACUUUUACUUGAGUGAAAAGCUUGAGUUGAUACUUCACCUUCUACAGAAGUAUUUUUAAACCCUAGUAUCUUCUACCUGAGUAAUGAAUGUGAAUACUUUUGACACCAGUGUAAAUGUAUAAUUCAAUUCACAUUGGCUCUGUUAUCUAAAACAUUUAAGGGAAAUACAUAUUUUAUCAGUUCAUACAAUUAAAUUUGAAUUCUAGCACCAUGAGCUACAGGAACAUUCUGUGACAGGAAAGACUCUGCUGUACAUCUAUAAUCAUUUCAUCAAGUCAGCUGAAGGCCUAUCAGUAAAGCAAAUCAAUGUAGUGCAGGCUUUUCUGUCUCUGUCAGCAAGACUGAGAAGACAUACCAAGAUCAAGACUCAGCUUUUCCCUGCAUUAACAGCUCAAAAAUGGAAAAUGUGACCAAUGCAACCCAGCCAGAACCCUUAUCAAGCAUUGAUAUCUUCAAUAUAUUCAUAUAUUUUGUCGUCUUCACUCUGGGUAUCAUUGGAAAUGGGCUCAUCAUAUUUGUGACUGGCUACAAAAUGAAGACGACCGUCAACUCCAUUUGGUUUCUCAACUUAGCGAUUGCUGAUUUCAUCUUCACCUUAGUCAUCAUCUUCUACAUUAUUACUGCCUUUAACAAGAUGGUUUGGCACUUUGGUGACUUCAUGUGCAAGUUUGUGAGCUUUGUGACAGUGCAAAACAUGUUUGCCAGCAUCUUUUUGCUGACCGCUAUCAGUCUCGACGGUUGCCUGUUCACUUGGGUGAUUUUAUGGGCACAAAACAAGCAAACUCUGGUCAAAGCCAGGAUCAUCUGUGCACUCGUGUGGGUUUUAUCCAUCCUCUGCAGCAUUCCCUUUGUCAUCAACCGCUUGGAAAAAGAUAAAAAAUGCAUUUAUAAUGUAGAACCCUUCAAGUCUCUGGUCAUAUACAGGUUUAUGGUGGGUUUUCUCAUCCCCUUCCUGAUCAUUGCAUCUUCAUACAUUGCUAUCGGAGUGCGGGCCAAACGUCUCAAUGGAGGAAAGAAGCUUAAGUCAUUCUGGGUCAUUAUAUCUGUGAUCAUGGCCUUUUUCAUAUGCUGGUUUCCUUUUCAUGUUCAACAACUGUGUACUGUAAUUGCACUCGAGAAUAAGUGGAGUGACUUUAAACAAGUAAUAGAUGACAUAGGACCUUUCGUAAACUGCCUGGUUCACCUCAACAGCUGUCUGAACCCUAUUCUCUAUGUGUUCAUGUGUGAGGAGAUUAGGAAGAAGCUGAAACAGUCUCUGCUGCACUGUAAACCCAGAUAGUACUACUAACUUAUAAAGAUCGAGUAUGCUGUAAUUAAAGUCUGUUAAAUCAAUGAUCCAACUUAAAACAAUUACAUUUUUUGAACGAGGAGUUUAGUUUUAUUUUUGUGUAGCUCAACAUUUUUGAGUAAACCCUUGUCCUUAUUUAUUAUUUUUUUAAGUUCACUGAGCGAUAUAAAGUCACAUCAUCCAUGACAUGCUGUUGCUGAUGUUACCGACAUAACCGACAAUAUCAGAAAAGUCCAUUCAACAUUAAACUGAGUUGCAGCAGAUUUCAAGUUCCCAGCAUGCUUUGCGUCACACUCUGUAAAGGCAGGAACACACCAAGCUGAAGCCAACAAACUAGUGGUGACCAAAGCAGACUGUGGAGUUGGCUUACGUCGGCAGCGUCUGUGUCCAAAGUUGCCUUGACACACCAAACCGACGCUCGACAGCCGACGGCCAAGUAGCAUGUCUGUUCUGUGCCUGCAUAAGAAGAAAUGCCUUUCCGUACCAGCAGGUGGCAGUAGCUGAACAGCCAAUCAGAAUGAUCAGAUGGCCCGACGGACCGACAAGCUCCAAUGCUGAUUAAACAUUUCAAAUCGGCCGAAAAAAAGCAGAUGAGGACCAACUUCAGCCGACGAUGCGGAACACACUGAGAAACUUAGUGUACGAACAAAAACUGCCCGACAGACACCCGUCGGCUUGGUGUGUUCCUGCCUUAAGGGGGAAUAAAUGUUGGAAUUGAGUGUUAUUUUGUGUGUUUUUGCACAAGAUUAUAACAGGGGAAGAUGUCUUAUUGUUUAAUGUUCUGUAAUUUUGGUAUGUAAAGGUGUUUCUGUGAUGUUCAAGUUUUUUAAGAUUACCAUCAUGGUGAAGAGUAGUGCCUGUAGUUAGGUCGAGAAUGGGCUGUGAAAUGUCAAGAUUAAAAAUACUGCAGUUCAUGCAAGUA